AUGUCUCACUCCUUCUCAGGGGCUCCUUCUACCGCGGUCGAGGCGUCUCCUCGAGGUCUCCUUCACCGCUUGCGAAGCGUCAAGCGCCGCAGCCUGCCAGCCUCUCACGGAUCAGCUUCUACCUUUGCUAGAUUGCAGAAGGAUGAAGGACAAGCGAUUCAAGAAGCUGGCUUAGAUGAAGUCAGACUGACCAGCGACAGAACUCCCGCUCGCCUCCUGGCCUCGGAAGCCGUCGACGUCGCCCCUGCCGCUGGAGCAGAAGAAGACCCGCUCACCGCGAGCGAAGCCAUCCGAUUUGGCUCUCAGGUACUCACUUUUACUCCAGACCAGAAGGACUCCACGAUCCAAUCACGCAUAGAUCAAGUAUACAAGGAGCAAGUCAAAAGCCACUUUGGCUCCAAUCGGUGGGCCUUCCUCUUUAAGCCCGGCAGGUACAACUUGGACAUCAAGCUCGGCUUCUACACUACUUGCCAUGGCCUUGGAGCGAGUCCCAGCGAGGUCGUCAUCACUGGUUCCGUACGCGUUAAAGGAGACUUUCUGCCAAAGAACAAUAGCACACUCAACUUUUGGAGGGGUGUCGAGAAUCUCACAAUCGUACCUGCUCUAAAGCAAGAUGAUAGAAAGGUCGUCUGGGCUGUCAGUCAGGGCACCUUCUUUCGUCGCAUACAUGUCAAGGGAGACAUGGUGCUCUCCGAUGGCGACGGGUGGUCUUCGGGUGGAUAUAUUGCCGACUGUGUCAUAGAUGGCACGAUCACCAAUGGCACACAGCAGCAAUUUUUCUUCCGCAACACCAGCAUGGGCUCCUUCGUAGGCGGGUCCUACUCUCAAGUGUUCGUUGGUUGCAAGGGCGCACCCAAGGAGGACUGGCCAUCCAAGCCCUACUCUGUCACUAAGGCGACGCCUCGUGUGAAGGAGAAGCCGUACAUCACUUACGAGGACAAGAAGUACUGGUUGAACCUUCCACGGCUGAGAGAGGGUUCCGGUGGGCCCAGCUGGUCUAAGAGCAGCACGAACAGAGGCUCUCAUCUCAGAGUUCGGCUAGCUACCUUCCACAUAGCCGAGCCCUCGAGAGACAAUGCCACGACGCUCAAUGCAGCUCUUCACAGGGGCAAGAGCAUUCUCUUCCUUCCUGGUGUCUAUCAGCUCAACUUUGCUCUGCAAGUUGCUAACCCUGAUACUUGCUUGUUGGGCCUGGGGUUGGCCACCCUGCGGCCCGCUCAUGGGACUCCCUGUAUUAUCACCGCCGAUGUAGAUGGCGUGACGCUGGCUGGCCUCUUACUUGAAGCUGGUCCGCAUCCGUCCAGCACUCUGUGCUCCAUUGGCGAUGCAAAAGCCUCCACACCUCACAGGCACAGCCCUACGAUGGUACAAGACGUCUUUGUCAGAGUAGGAGGAGCAAUCGCAGGUCGAUGCCACUCCCAGCUCCUGAUCAAUCUCAGGGAUAGUAUCAUGGACAACAUCUGGCUCUGGAGGGCGGAUCAUGGUGAAGGGGCUGACUGGUAUACUAAUCAGUGCACAGUCGGUUGCAUUGUCGAAGCACGCAACGUCACUGGCUAUGCUCUGUUUGUCGAGCACAAUCAGGGCUUCCAAGUGCUGUGGAAUGGCAACGGAGGAGCGGUCUACUUCUACCAAAGCGAGCUUCCCUACGACCCGCCAGGCAGCAAGAUCUGGUCUCACUCCAACCGCAAAGGCUUCCCCUCGUACAAGGUCGCUCCUGCGGUCACCUCUCACUACGCCAAGGGUCUGGCCAUCUACUGCGUCUUCAAGACUCCGGGCGUCCAGUGCCAUACUGCCGUCGAGCAGCCCCUUACAACUGCUACCGGGGACGAUGGGAGACACACGGUAGAGGUGCGACAUGUCACUCUAGGCCGAUUUGGCGGUGCUGAGGGUACGGGGAUCAGGCACGUCAUCAAUGGACGCGGUGAGGGGGUGGGACCGACGAGGCAACGGGUGCGAUUGUUGGACGCCUACAGGUGAGCGGGGCAG